AUGUCGGAUAUCAACAUGGAUGAUUGCACAUUACAGACAUGCCCUUUGAGCGAGGCUUACAUCAAUUACCAACCCAACUUGGCCGGAAAUAUUCUUUUUGCUGUUUUAUUUGCAAUCAUGUUGAUUGGACAAAUUGGUACUGGCAUAUUCUUCCGAGCCUGGACUUUCAUGGUGCCCAUGGCUGCUGGUUUGAUCCUAGAAGUGAUAGGAUAUGUGGGCCGAGUUCUUUUACACAACAACCCAUUCGACUUCAAUGCUUUCUUGAUGUACCUGAUCUGCCUCACCAUUGCGCCUGCCUUCUUCACAGCCGGCAUAUACCUCUGCCUCGGUCGAAUCAUCACCGUCUACGGUGAGAGGUACUCGCGAUUGAAGCCAAGAACAUAUGUAUACAUAUUUGUGACCUGUGAUUUGAUUUCACUUAUCCUACAAGCAGCUGGUGGCGCUGUCACUUCCAUUGCCGAUGAACAAUCACUGCAAGAUACGGGUGUCAACAUCAUGAUUGCCGGGUUAGUCUUUCAAGUUGCCUCAAUCGUGAUUUUCUGUGUCCUUGUCAUUGAAUACGCAAUUGGAGUCGCACGGGGACGACGUGUCCAUUGCGAGAAGCGCCGGGCAGACUGGAAAAAGAGAUCAUUCCUGAUCGGCCUGGCAAUUGCUGUCUUGACUAUUUUGAUCCGUUCUUCCUUCCGAGUGGCCGAGCUCCAGGGUGGAUUCCACAGUAGCCUGGCCAAUGACGAGAUAGCAUUGAUGAUUCUCGAGGGUGCCAUGAUUACUAUUGCGUGCAUCUGUUUGACGGGAUUGCAUCCUGCUCUUCUGGUUGGAAAGAAUUGGAGAGCUCCUCAAGCGCUUGCUCCUGCAACAGCAUCAGACUCAGAAGUGGAGUUACAAUAA